UUCUCAUUACAACAUGACAAAGAUUUUCUGAAAAGUCGUUAUAGAAGUUUGGAAAAGCAGUACUUUGAUAUGAAAAAUCUUCUUGAACAGAGACAAUUUUCAUGGGAUGAAACACAGCAAAUGGUCACAGCUUUUGAUGAUGUUUGGGAUGCAUAUGUGAAGGAACACCCAGAUGCAAAACCAUACCGAAUCAUGCCGAUGCCAAAUUAUAAUGACUUGUGCUUGAUUUAUAGAAAUCCAGCUUCUGAUGAACGGUGUAAUGAAGCGCGUCAAGAUCUAGGAUGUAACGGUUUUGGUGCCAGACUUAACAAUAGCUAUCACCAAAGAACUGAUUGGACACCAUCGAUGGACCGAUAUUUUAUUGAUCUAAUGUUAGAGCAAGUUCGCAAUGGAAGUAUGGUUGAUAAAAAAUUCAACAAGCUAGCCUGGAGUGAUAUGAUUGCAAAGUUUAGUGCAGAAUUUGGGUCUCAGCAUGACAAAGAUGUCCUAAAAAGUCAUUUUGUGAACUUGAGGAAGCGGUUCAAUGAUAUGAAAACUCUACUUGAUCAGAGUGGUUUUUCUUGGAAUGAAAUGCAACAGAUUAUACGUGCUGAAGAUGAUGUCUGGGAUGCUUAUGUUAAGGUACAUCCUGAUGCAAGAACAUACCGCAAUAGAACUCUCCCAAAUGUCAACGAUUUGUUUUUGAUAUAUGGAAAUGACAACACUGAGCAAAGGCAAAAUUACUCUGGUCACUCUAUGGAUGCUGAGGACUAUUAGCUGGGAGUAAAUAUUGUUGUAGGUGAAGAGAAUUACCAGUCCCCUGCUAAUAAUGAUUCUCUGAGGAUAAAUUGGACAAGGGAAAUGGACCGUUAUUUUAUUGACCUUAUGUUAGAACAGUUGCACAGAGGGAAUAAGAUUGGUCGUACGUACGAUGCUCAAGCUUGGACCUGGAUGAAUGCAACAUUUAGUAAAAAAUUUGGAUUCCUUUGUGAUAAAGAUGUACUAGAAGAUCGGUAUUGGAGUUUGAGGAAAGAGUAUACGGACAUCACAGAUACCCUGAAUCAUAAUGGCUUUGCUUGGGAUGGAAUUCACCAAACAAUGACAGCUGAUGAUGAUGUUUGGGAAGCUUAUAUCAAGGAUCAUCCAGAUGCAGUUACAUACAGAUAUAAGAUCUUGGAUGAUUAUUGUGAUUUGUGCUUGAUUUAUGGUAAUGAAAGUCAGCAUAGUAGAUCAAGUUAUUUCGAUGUAAAAAUGGAGAUCAACACCAACACCCUGGGGAUGGGGAUUGACGAUAUAAUUGGAGAUACACAAUCUCCAAUUAUGGAGUUAGAAAUAUCUCAUCUGAGAAGAAAGCGAAAAUCUGCUUCUUCAUCAACCUCAGGAUGUAUCCAAAAAGUUCGGAGAACCAUCAAGAAAGAGACACAAGAGGCAGUUGAGGGGAAGCCAUGUGUAGUAAAAACAUAUUUGGGUACUGAGGAAGACAAAGACUACAGCUCAAUAGAAUGUAUAGUUGCAGCACUUCAAACCGUUCCUGACAUGGAUGAUGAGAUCUUCUUGGAGGCUUGUGAACUUUUAGAAGAUGAGAGAAAGGCCAAGAUGUUCGUGGCCAUGGAUGUCACAGCACGGAGGAAGUGGUUAUUGAAAAAGCUUAGACGGUAGCAUCUAUUUUUCUUGUUAAUGUCAGAUAUAAUUUUGGUACUUUUUUAUUGGGGAGUUUUUCCAAUGUAAAUCAGAUCCUAUAUUAAUGUAAAGGCAUUUUUCAAUGCAA